AAAACACAACACGUUAGGUGCUGCUCGUGUGUGGAGAAGUAUUAAAAGUGCGCAUUUCCUAUGUUUAAACGUAGUACCCGAGUGUAAAAGGAGUUUACAGGUUUUACUUAUGACAAGUUGGCUCGGGAGGACAGGAGACGCUGCUGCUUCUGACUGGAUGAGAUUAGCUGUUGGGAGCUAAGCUAACUGUUAGCAUCCAGCUCCAUUCACUGAGCAGAGCCACUAGGCGAGGUGUAGGGUAAAUACACUUAGAAGACGUGGGAUUAUUCUUGGGUGAUAUUCCUUCUUUUCUAAGUUACAUCUCCAGUUCCCAGUGAAACCAGUCUGACUGUGUGUGCUGCGGUUUGCUGCGUGUAGGGAUCGAUGGGUGUGAAGGGUCUGCAGAGCUUCAUGCAGCGCUGCUGUCCAGAAGCGUGUGUGCCUGUGAACCUCAGAGAGAUGGCCUCACAACAUGUUGCCAGAAGCACAGACACAGCCCACAGCACAGGUCCCACACUUGUUGUGGAUGGGAUGGCUUGUCUCCGCAACUGGUACACGUGUGAGAACUGGGUGUGUGGGGGGCAGUGGAGGGAAUACAUGGAUGUCCUGAAGAGCUGGGUGGAGGCGUUCAACUCCACCGGCAUCAAACUGGUCUUCUUCUUUGAUGGAGUGGUGGAAGGGCAAAAGAGACGAGAGUGGGUGAAGAGGAGACACAAAGUGAACGGGCAGAUUUCAAAAAUAUUUCGUCACAUCAAGGAACACGGAGAGCAGCCUGGGACACAGCUCUUCUGUCUGCCUUCUGGUCUGGCAACAUUCACAUCCCUUGCUCUCAGGUCCUUGGGGCAGGAAGUGUUUUGCUCAGUGCAGGAGGCUGACUUUGAAAUUGCCAGCUAUGCUCGUCAGAAUUGCUGCAUGGGUAUCCUGGGACAGGACUCAGAUUUCAUCAUAUACGACAGUGCCCCCUAUUUGUCGGUGGAAAAGCUGCGUAUAAACAGCCUCACCACCGUCCUGUACGACCGACAGAGGUUCUGCCGAGCCAUCGGACUAGCUGUCACCCAGCUACCACUGCUGGCUUGUCUCCUUGGUAAUGAUGUGGUGUCAACGGAGCAGAUGCAGCACAUCAGGAACAACGCCAUAGCAACAUACAGGAAAUACAAUCCUGCACCAGACCAUGGUGCUCCACAGGUGGAAACGGUCCUAGCUGUAUCCCAAUAUGUGAGCUCUUUGUGGGGCGGAGAGGAGGAAGAGACUGGGCACAUCCUUCAAUGCAUGAAUCUGUCAGCUCCUCACAGAGAGCUACUGAAGAGAGGGACCUGCUCCUACUUACUACCUGGACAGGAAGCCCUGCAUCGAGGUGACAUCUCUUCACGUCCCUCCGCCUGUGUCAUGGAGAAAUAUGUUAGUCCAGAAACAUUAAAAGCAUGCAGAGAGAAGCAUGUAGCAACAGAGGGUUUUAUGGUUUACCCUGUUCUGUGUGAGGGGGUCGUCGAAUGUAGCAACACUUUGGAGGAUGAAGAGGACGCUGAGCUGUUGCCCCAGGCCCUCGUCUUCAAACCCUGCAGACAGCGCAUCUAUGGACUGCUGCUUGGUCAUGAUGGCAGCACUGUUGACACUCCAGCGAUCAGGGAAUGGUUUGUCUUCCCCGGAAACCCACUGAAGGAACCUGACAUGGUCCACCCUGUCCCAGUCAGCCUCCCGGGUGGUCUUCCCAGGUUGGACUUGUUGUGGUUCGGCACUGGUUCUGAUGUCACUUCCAUUCGUCUGAUGUCCUUUCUUACGAUACUUGACUGCCAGGACUUCACUGAGUUGUACGGCACCAUUGAAGUCUCUCUCCUGGCUGUGCUCUGUCUGGUCACAUACAUAGUCCUGCAGGUACCGGCUGUGUCUCAAGAGGACGUUGAUGCUUACCUGAGUCAGGGCGUCUGUCUGAGCAUGAAAUCUUCACAGGAGCUUCAAUACAUCAAGCUGCCUUUCCUCUCCAGUCGUGCGGUACAGCUGGGAUCUCUCUAUGUCCGAGGGCUGAGCAACCUGUUGGGGGCCAACUGUGCCAGCGGCUACCCGCUGCCCAACACUGCCCUGAUGCCCUGGCACAGUUUUGAUGGAAAGCUGUUCCAGUCAAAGUACCUGCUGGCACAUAGUGGGACAGAGAAGACUGUGCUGCUGGACAGUGAUUCAUCCUGUCUGUCCCUGUUUCUCCACCUGAGAGAGAAACUCAUAGAAACCUGCAGGAAGCAAGGCAGAGUCCUGCAGGCCAGACCAAGACCCAACGCACUAGAUCUAAGUCGUAAAGCCACUUCAGCACGGGGAUACAGAGAGACACAUGCAGGUUGGACCUCAGGUGGUCGUGAGGGGUGGAGGACGACAGGAGAGGUGAGAGGGGAGCAGCGACAUGAAGGUGGCUGGAGUCAGAGAGGAGAGGAAAGAAGAGACCAAAGUGAAAAUGACAACAGAGAGAGACUGGGGGAGAGAGGAGGACACGGAGGAGGAGGCCAACAUUUUCAUCCUCAUUCUUAUCCUGACCAUCACAGUGGAGCUCGCCACAACGUGAGCCAUCCUCCUAGACAGUCCAGAGGAAGAUCGUAUCGCAGCAGAGGAAGAUACCAACUGGCUCCCAGAUGGUCUCAGCCGCCUGCACCAGGAACAUAACUCGACCCUGAACAGAGAGCAGAGGAUUAGUGGAGAGGGUUUGAGGAGUUAAGAGGAUGGGAAAGUCGGGAUGAAAGCAGAGAAGGAAUCAGAUUUCUGUGAACAAACUGAUUAGUGAAUUAGCAGCCAGGAAUGUUUGUCUAAAGGAUGCAUUAGGUAGAUAGCUGGGUAUUAAGAGGAGUCAGACUGAAGAGAUUGGGAAAAGUUUAUAUCAUUCGCCAGUUUAAAUUGAGAUUGUCUUUUUUGUUUUACUUUGAAGGGAAAAGAACAUCACAAAGGAGAAUUCGGCAAACAAACAUAGAAAUUCUUUGGAGUGAGAAGUGGAUUAAUGGUUAAUCCUCAAGCCUGUUUUCACCUCUUAUCUUUGACUAUAAAAGGCCAAGGAUCUUAAAAGCUAUGUGUAUCCAGCACCAUAAUCCUUUAAAUAGUAAUGGUUUGAAGAAGAAAAACGGGAGCUCUUGUAUCGAAUAUCAGCUGAAACAGAACAUUAGUACUAAAUGUUGUACACCUCUAUAAUCUGUUUCCAGGAACCUUUUGGGAGUCCAAAACAAAAAUUGUGGCAACUACAGUUUCUUUUUUUAUUAUUCACAUAAGGAUGUGGGCUGUUUAUAAGAGAGACUAAUAGAUUUUAAACUGUUAUGAUUUAAAUAUCUUGAUACUAAGCACUAGGGUCCAACCAAUAUAUCAGUGACCCGAUAAUAUCGAGUAAUAAGCGUCAGUAUUCCUUUGUUUGCCUGUAUUUGUACACAUUUUACAGAAUAAACAAUUAAGAAAAAGAUAUUCAUAAAUAUCUAUUUCCUCCAUUUAAUUUCUAUUCUUUUUAUGUAUUUGUGUUUACUCUUUGUUCAGACAUUCAUAAUAAAGUUUAUGGCAAAUAUCCAA